UCAGGCAACUGGCAAGUGCACAAAAAGCUAUAUUUUGAGAAUAAAACAAAAUAUGAAAAUUUAAACGUAAACAUUUUACUUCCUUGGUUCUUCUUAAGCUUCUAAUUUAUUAGUUGAUUUAAACUUUUCCUACAAUCCACACUGAUCAUAGCUGGCCUUUGAUCUUAUGUUAGUAUGGCUUCAGGAUCUAGAAGAGAUAAUAUUGUAAAUAGAUUAUCCAAUGUAAGGCUCGAAGAUGGAGCCGGUGGAGAUGAUCAUCCUCCUCAAAACAUGCUUCCAUCAAACCUGCAAGCUAGGCAGGGAAAUAUAGAGGAGGAAAUAAUACAUGUUUCUGAACCCACACCCUCAACUUCAUCCGCUAUCGAGAACCUACCAACACAUAACAGAGGCCGUCUUCACAAUUGGCAAGCCACUAAGACUACUGUCAAGGAACGCGUAUCCUUCUUAUUCAAUAACGAAAUACUUGCUGACGUCCACUUUAUUGUUGGUAAGGACGUAAACCAGCAAGUCAUUCCAGCACAUAAGUUUUUUCUUUCCGUAGGCAGCCCUGUAUUCGACGCCAUGUUUAACGGAGUACUGGCUACGAAGUCGGAUGAGGUGGAGUUGCCCGAUGUGGAACCAGCUGCUUUUUUGCAUUUGUUGAAAUUCUUGUACUCUGAUGAGGUCAGAAUUGGGCCGGAGAGUGUAAUGACGACUCUGUACACCGCUAAAAAGUAUGCAGUAGCAGCAUUAGAAGAACAUUGUGUAGAUUUUCUAAAAAGUAACCUCGGUACUGACAACGCUUUCUUGUUGCUGACACAAGCAAGGUUGUUUGAUGAGCCACAGCUGGCUACAUUGUGCUUGGAAAUGAUUGACAAGAACACCGCUGAUGCAUUCAAUGCCGAAGGGUUUACUGACAUAGAUCAGGAUACAUUAAAUGCAGUUCUAGAAAGGGAUACACUCCGCAUAAGAGAAGCAAAAAUUUUCUCAGCAGUCCUACGCUGGUCAGAAGCAGAGUGUAUUCGCAGGCAGUUACCAGUUACUCCUAAUAACCAAAGAGUGGUCCUUGGGCGUGCCUUCCAUGCAAUCCGAUUUCCACUCAUGUCUGUAGAAGAGUUUGCAAUGGGCCCAGCCCAGAGUGGCCUCCUAGACGAUAGAGAAAUUGUACAGUUGUUCCUGUAUUUCACUGUAAAUCCUAAACCAAAUGUUGGCUUCCUUGAUACUCCAAGGUGUUGUAUGACUGGUAAAGAGUUGACUGUGAUUCGCUUCUCUCAGACUGAGUCCAGGUGGGGCUACAGUGGAACCACAGAUAGAAUAAGAUUUACUGUAGACCAGAGGAUAUUUGUGGUUGGUUUUGGAUUGUAUGGAUCAUAUUUUGGACCUAGCGAGUAUGAAGUUCAUUUACAGAUAAUCCACCUGGCAACGAAGAAAGUGUGCGGCUCGAACACCACGACGUUCUGCUGCGACGGCUCGGACGACACCUUCCGCGCCAUGUUCAAGGAGCCCGUCGAGAUCCUGCCCAACACGUCUUACAUCGCGAGUGCCAAACUCAAGGGCACGGAUUCAUACUACGGCACCAAAGGUCUUCGCCGGGUGACCGUGGACUGCAACAACGGCGAGAAGGUGGUCUUCCAGUUCUCGUACGCUUCGGGGAACAACAACGGCACGUCGGUGGAAGAUGGCCAGAUCCCCGCCAUCAUAUUCUACAUUUAACACCGGGGCCCGGCGGCACUACUGUCCGACCUACUGCUGUGUGGGGACCUGCGGAACGUGUCCCUAGUGGUGGACGAGUGCAGCCCGCUCCGUCUGUAGUGUUGUGAUACGACGAUAGUGUUGUGAUCAGCUCAGGCUGGACUCGGUGUAAUAUUGCAGAAACUUGACGGUGAAGAUACGUAUCGAUUAUUUUUUUGACGUCGUAGAUUAAAUUUGCUGUUACGCUGGAGCCAUUUUUACGGUAACCGCCAUCUCACAACGAGCCAAUAGAAAAGGCAUUUAUUUUCUCAAAAUUUAUUCCUUUAUUAUUCUUUUCGAUGCCAUUUCUAAUAUACUAGGUACUACUACCGCUUCGGAAACUAAUAGCGCUCUGAGAGAGAAGAAGCAGCGCAAGAAACUCUCCCAGCAUUAUCUAUAUGUGCUCUUAUUCUAUAAAAUAAUCAUUAUCUCUACUCUCUCUCUAUAAUCCCAAACUGUCCUAUCAUUUGGAUAUUCAGCUGUGGAGUAGUAGGAUUUACGACAGAGCCAUUUUUUUAUAAAACAUUUAAAUUUAUUUAUACAUAAUGCCUGAACAGUGGCUGGGACUUUAAUAAAGUGUAUAUAUUUACCCUUAAAGCUAUUAUGUAUCUUAUGAAGCCUACUAAAAUUACAAGCAAUCCCUCAUUUCUAGUGUUAUAUUAAUGAAAAUCACCAUUAACAGCAAAAACGUGACGAUUUUUGUAAACGUUUAUUAAAUUUUCAUAAAUGUACUGACAAUGAACAGUCAUAAUUGAGAGAAUAUGUCAGCAAAUAUCGAACGGCCUAUUUGACCGAGUUAAUAAGCGUUGGUGUUUAUCAUAACAUGGCCCCAGCAUUAGGAAUAUACAUGAACAUUUAUUAUAUAUAGCUAUUUAGACUCAUAAAAAUUUUGUAAAUUUGUAGUUAGUUAUGAGAAUGCCGGUCGUCUACCGCGGCCGACUUCAUUCAUGAUAUAUCUACAUUUAUUAUAAUGUCAUUGUACUGUACCCACUGACGUCUACUAUAUACCACUGGACUGGCGCCUGUCAAAGUGCUUUUGUGCCUGUUUGAUAUUCGCCAUUUUGGCGCUGUUUGCCAUGUAGCGAGAGUAUGCGGUACUAAAACUAGUGAUGACAAUCUCAACUAAACAAACAUCGAUAAAUAAAAAAAAAAAUGUGUACUUUAUUACCUUGAUUAACACGGAAAACGAACGAAAAUAAUUGAAAAUGCUAAAAUGCGUCAGAGUACGCUCAUUUGCAUUAUACGUCAAAAUUAGUUCUCUGGACGCUCGCGAGUGGCGCUUCAAAUAGGCACAAACAUUUUGCUGUCAAACAUAUGGAACAGCCUGUCCAGUGGUAUUUAUACAGGUCAGUGACUGAUUGACAAUCUACCUGCGACAAAAAAAUAAUAGCUUUAUGGAUCUGAUAGCUAAAAAAUAUUUUUUAAAUUUAAUUUAAUGGUUUUUGUCUAAAGUUGAUAAAUAACUGAAGAUAAAUAAACCAAGAUAAAAAUGUUGGUCAAAACUAGUUAGCAGUGAUGUUUAAACCUAUUUCGCUACUGCAAAUCAAAGUUUACACUUUCAUCACUCUUAGCUAAUACAAAUUAUGAAUG